CGUCGUUAGUUCCCUCUCAGCUCUCUGAGGACGACUGAUGCGCUGACCAGCCCUGCUGUAGCCUGUCACUCUCGGGGUUGUCUGGCCGUGGACACAGACUGGACUGGACAUCCGUGAUUGUAUUUUUAAAAAUGAGCUGGUACAUUACCACACCUUUGUUGCGCGUUGAAGACACUAUAUGAACAGUGAAGGGACUUUCCGUGAACGAAGAGACUCCUGGUUUUCAGUUGGGGUUUAUUUUACGCGUAUUUUUCUGUGAAGGUUACGGAUCUUGCUCAAGAAUAAGGGCGUUUUAGAAGAUGAAGACAAGUGAAUGAUCACGCGAAUAUAUGUGCUACUGUAAACCAAGACAUUGCCCUGAGUAGACCCUAACGUCAUUCCAUUGUGGUUUAACACAAAUCAGCUUCCUUGGAUCUUACUUUUGUUGUGUUAGUGUAUUUUUGCAUAAUAUAUUUUUCCCCCAAUGAUUUUUGGAUUAGCAGAACUGUAGAAUUAAUAUAAUACAGGGAAUACUCGCCAAGAGGGAAGAUGGGGAACAGUGUCUAGAACUGCCAGGAGAGGAAUGCCCCAGACUGUGUUCCCAGCAGCAGGCACCAUGUUCACCCCCAGUGGCUUCAGCCCCCACCUGGCCUCCACCUGCUCUGAGGCUGACCCUGAGGAGGAGGAAGGCCCCCAGGAGGCCAGAGGACCUGGGGCUUGCGUGGCCGACGGACCCCCCAUUACCUCCGCCUCUCUGGACACUCUCAUCCAGCACCUAUGUCCUAUGUGUUUAACCCAUUGUCCCCCUCCACAGAAAGCCUAUGUGUUUACGUUCCUGCUGAGUGCUCGUCUGUUCAUCUCUCCUCCUGAGCUGCUGGCCAGACUCUGUGACACCUGCAUCAAACAACAACAGUUGGACCAGAGUCCAAUGGACACGGCUAAAGUGAGGAAGUUUGGUCCCAAGAUCCUGCAGCUGCUGACUGAGUGGACAGAGACGUUUCCCACAGACUUCAGAGACGAGAAGAUGGUGGGCCUUUUCAAAGAUAUCAUCCACAGGAUAGCACCCUGUGAUGAGGCGUAUUGGAAGACACUGAACCAGGUUUUGCAGACACUGAACCAGAAGCUGGCAGCCAUCGCCCAGGGAGAGGAGAGCAUUGUCAAAGUGAAUGCCUCCUCAGUCUCCUCAAUCUCAGACAAGCUGGUGGGCUUCAAGACCAAGCCUCCACCUAUCCAGAAGGAUAUACUAUCUAUCUGCAAUGACCCAUACACACUGGCACAGCAACUCACCCAUGUGGAACUGGAACAUCUCAGUUAUAUCGGUCCUGAGGAGUUUGUCCAAGCCUUUGUUCAGAAAGACCCACUAGAUAGCACUCAGCCGUGUUUCAGUGAGCAGAAGAAGAAGACCACUAACCUGGAGGCUUAUGUCAGGUGGUUCAACAGGCUGUGCUACCUGGUAGCUACUGAGAUCUGUAUGCCUGCUAAGAAGAAACAGAGAGCCCAGGUGAUUGAGUUCUUCAUCGACGUGGCCAGAGAGUGCUUCAACAUUGGCAAUUUCAACUCCCUCAUGGCCAUCAUCUCUGGUAUGAAUAUGAGUCCUGUGUCUCGGUUGAAGAAGACAUGGGGUAAAGCCAAGACUGCCAAGUUCUUCAUCCUGGAGCAUCAGAUGGACCCUACUGGAAACUUCUACAACUACAGAACAGCACUUAGGGGAGCCGUCCACAGGUCCCAGACUGCUAAUAGCAUCAGGGAGAAGAUUGUGAUUCCCUUCUUCAGCCUACUGAUCAAAGACAUAUACUUCCUGAAUGAGGGAUGUGCCAACCGCUUGCCCAAUGGCCAUGUACAUUUUGCAAAAUUUGUGGAAUUGGCUCGCCAGGUGGGAGAGUUUAUGACGUGGAAACAGAUAGAGUGUCCGUUUGAGACAGACAGGAGCAUCCUCCACUACCUCCACACUGCUCCCAUCUUCAGUGAGGACGGCCUCUACCUGGCAUCCUAUGAGAGUGAGAGCCCAGAGAACCAGGUAGAGAAGGACAGAUGGAAAGCACUCAGGUCUAAUAUUCUGGUGAAGACAAAAGAGCUAAAAGAGCACCAUGGCAGCUAACCCUCAGGCCAGCCCAGCGAGGGAGGGAGGGGGGGGAGUGGAAUCACUCCAACAAACUGUGAAGGAGCCUAGCUGGUGCCGAGGUGUUUUUCUACACAUGAGGAAUAGACGUGAUGAAAGAAGAAUGAUGAACAGGAUUCAUCAACAUCAUGACCAGUAAAAACACAAUGGAAGAACAAAGGUCAACAAGCAGUGAAAAGUGAAGCUACUGUAUGCACACUAACUGGGGGAGUACAAUGGCAUUACCUUUGGUUUGACUUUUGUACAUGGGGUACAUAAUAAGGGAUAAAUCAAUCCCGCAAUCUUGGUGUUUAUUUACUCUAUAUCAUCUUUCUUUGUCUUUCCUCUUUCUUUCUUUCUAUCUCAUCUUUUUUUCUCUCUCAUCUUUCUUUCUCUCCAAAGCCUUGUGUAAGGUUUCUAUUGUACUGUUAGAAUCCUUUAAAAGUAAGAGUAACUAUGAUGUGAAGGGCGCUGGCUUGCCCACUUAGCUGCCGGACUGUGUUUGGUCCUCUACUUCUUAAGACUACUACUGAAGACUACUUCUAAAGACUACUUCUAAAGACUACAACUGAAGACUACAACUAAAGACUACUACUAAAGACUACUACUAAAGACUACUACUAAAGACUACUACUAAAGACUACUACUGAAGACUACUACUAAAGACUACUACUAAAGACUACUACUAAAGACUACAACUGAAGACUACAACUAAAGACUACUACUAAAGACUACUACUAAAGACUACUACUGAAGACUACUACUAAAGACUACUACUAAAGACUACUACUGAAGACUACUACUGAAGACUACUUCUAAAGACUAUGUCUAAAGACUAUGUCUGAAGACUACUACUGAAGACUACUACUGAAGACUAAUUCUAAAGACUACUACUAAAGACUACUACUGAAGACUACUUCUAAAGACUAUGUCUAAAGACUACAACUGAAGACUACUACUGAAGACUACUUCAAAAGACUACUUCUAAAGACUACUUCUAAAGACUACUUCUAAAGACUACGACUAAAGACUACGACUAAAGACUACUUCUAAAGACUACCAAUGAAGACUACUUCUAAAGACUACUUCUAAAGACUACGACUAAAGACUACUUCUAAAGACUACUUCUAAAGACUACUUCUUAAGACUACUUCUAAAGACUACUACUGAAGACUACUUCUAAAGACUACCACUGAAGACUACUUCUAAAGACUACUUCUUAAGACUACUUCUAAAGACUACUACUGAAGACUACUACUGAAGACUACUUCUAAAGACUACCACUGAAGACUACUUCUAAAGACUACUUGUAAAGACUACUUGUAAAGACUACUUGUAAACACUACAACUGAAGACUACUUCUUAAGACUACUUCUUAAGACUACUUCUAAUUACUACUACUGAAGACUACUACUGAAGACUACUUCUAAAGACUACCACUGAAGACUACUUCUAAAGACUACUUUUGAAGACUACUUUUGAAGACUACUUGUAAAGACUACUUGUAAAGACUACUUGUAAAGACUACUUCUAAAGACUACCAAUGAAGACUACUUCUGAAGACUACUUCUAAAGACUACUACUGAAGACUACUACUGAAGACUACUUCUAAAGACUACUUCUAAAGACUACUUCUAAAGACUACUUUUGAAGACUACUUGUAAAGACUACUUGUAAAGACUACUUGUAAAGACUACUUGUAAAGACUACCAAUGAAGACUACUUCUGAAGACUACGACAAAAGACUACUUCUAAAGACUACUUCUAAAGACUACCACUUAAGACUACCACUUAAGACUACCUCUUAAGACUACCUCUUAAGACUACUUCUAAAGACUACCACUGAAGACUACUUCUAAAGACUACUAUUGAAGACUACUUCUAAAGACUACUUCUAAAGACUACUUCUAAAGACUACCAAUGAAGACCACUUCUAAAGACUACUUCUAAAGACUACUUCUAAAGACUACUUCUAAAGACUACUACUAAAGACUACUUCUAAAGACUACUAUGAAAGACUACUACUAAAGACUAUAUCGAAAGACUACUACUAAAGACUACUUCUAAAGACUACUAUGAAAGACUACUACUAAAGACUAUUUCGAAAGACUACUACUAAAGACUACUUCUAAAGACUACUACUAAAGACUACUAUUGAUUACUUCUACUAAAGACUACUUCUAAAGACUACUUCUAAAGACUACUUCUAAAGACUACUUCUAAAGACUACUUCUAAAGACUACUACUAAAGACUACUUCUAAAGACUACUAUUGAUUACUUCUACUAAAGACUACUUCUAAAGACUACUACUAAAGACUACUUCUAAAGACUAUUUCUAAAGACUACUACUAAAGACUACUUCUAAAGACUACUACUAUUGAUUACUUCUACUAAAGACUACUUCUAAAGACUACUUCUAAAGAAUACUACUAAAGACUACUAUUAAAGACUACUACUAAAGACUACUACUAAAGACUACUUCUGAAGACUACUAUCUAUUACUUCUAAAGACUACUUCUAAAGACUACUAUCAAUGACUUCUACUAAAGACUACUUCUAAAGACUACUAUUGAUUACUUCUACUAAAGACUACUUCUAAAGACUACUACUAAAGACUACUUCUAAAGACUACUUCUAAAGACUACUUCUAAAGACUACUACUAAAGACUACUUUGAAAGACUACUACUAAAGACUACUACUAAAGACUACUAUUGAUUACUUCUACUAAAGACUACCUCUAAAGACUACUACUAAAGACUACUACUAAAGACUACUUCUAAAGACUACUAUCGAUUACUUCUACUAAAGACUACUACUAAAGACUACUUCUAAAGACUACUAUCGAUUACUUCUACUAAAGACUACUUCUAAAGACUACUACUAAAGACUACUACUAAAGACUACUUCUAAAGAUGACUACUAAAGACUACUAUUGAUUAAUUCUACUAAAGACUACUUCUAAAGACUAAUAUCUAUUACUACUACUAAAGACUACUUCUAAAGACUACUAUCAAUUACUUCUACUAAAGACUACUUCUAAAGACUACUAUUGAUGACUUCUACUAAAGACUACUUCUAAUGACUACUGACUACUAUUGAUGACUUUUACUAGACUACUUCUAAAGACUACUAUUGAUGACUUCUACUAAAGACUACUAAAGAUUACUUCUACUAA